AUGAAGAUACACCCUGUGUUUCAUAACAACCUCUUACGACUUGACUCAGAUGAUGCUUUACAAGGCCAGCACCAUGAACCACCCCUGCCAAUCAUUAUAGAAGAUGAACUUGAAUGGGAAGUUGAAGAAAUCCUAGAUUCUAAACUCCUACGGAAGAAGCUGUUCUAUAUGGCAGCAUGGAAGAACCACCCACUAGACAACACUUGUGAAGAUGACGAGGACGAGGAUGUGCAACCUCCAAUACGACGAAAGCAGCGCCGCAGAGAGUCUGACGUGACUGAAAACGCCACCCGCAAGAAGGUCCACACGCGCUCGUCCACCAUAGCCCAAGCCCAGACCUGCACUACUCGAGGUCCUACAGUUUCUCGGAGUUCACCAGACGAUGCGGAGUCAAUUCUAGGCGCGGAAUACCAAGAAUAUCCUCUUCAGGGCUUUCUCAAGUGUGUGAGGAUCUGA